UCACGGCGGCGGCGGUGUGAGGACCCUCCCGGACGCUGGGUCGCGGCGGCGGCAGCGGGCGGCCCCACAGCUGGUUUGGGGUCCCGGCGGCCCCGGUUCCGAGGAACCCGAGACGCGUGGCGAGGCGUCGGCGAGCUCUGAGCUUUGUUUCCUACUGUCAUGACUUCCCCAGAGUUCUUGUCAUAACAGAAUGGGUGGCAUGGUCAUGAGCAACACCGGAAUGCGCUCUGCGACUGCCAGGCGCUGAGAAGUGUAUACAGCAGACCGAAGGAUCUCGUUACUUCUCCUUGGUGCUGCUGCAGAAACCUGUGCACAAAGAGAUAGAAAAAGCGUGUGAAUCCCUGCCAACCUGGAGGGUCAACUCACUAUCCUAAAAGUCCAUCCUCCCAAGAAGAAGGAACAGAAAGACCUCUUUGUAAGAAAGGCGUGGGUAUCCCAUGAAUGAGACAGCAGAAAACCGACUGGAGUACAGCAGGACUCCAGAGCCAGAUAUAAGGCUCAGAAAAGGGCACCAACUUGAUGGUACAAGGGGAGGUGACGAUGACAUCCACCAAGGAGAUUUGGAGCCUCUUGUAGAGGCAUCUGCCCUUUCUUCCCAUCAUAAAAAAAGCUUGGAGGAACGUCGGUGCGAUGAUGGAGCGUCUCAGGAGGACGAGGGGUUUAUGGGCAUGUCCCCCCUCUUACAAGCCCACCACGCCAUGGAGAGAAUGGAAGAGUUUGUGUGCAAGGUCUGGGAAGGUCGGUGGCGAGUGAUCCCUCAUGAUGUGCUACCCGACUGGCUCAAGGAUAACGACUUCCUCUUGCAUGGACACCGGCCCCCGAUGCCUUCUUUCCGGGCCUGUUUUAAGAGCAUUUUCAGAAUACACACUGAGACAGGCAACAUCUGGACACAUCUCUUAGGUUGCGUAUUCUUCCUGUGCCUGGGGAUCUUUUAUAUGUUUCGUCCAAACAUCUCCUUUGUGGCCCCCGUGCAGGAGAAGGUGGUCUUUGGAUUAUUCUUCCUGGGCGCCAUUCUCUGCCUUUCUUUUUCGUGGCUCUUCCACACAGUCUACUGCCACUCAGAAGGGGUCUCCCGUGUCUUCUCUAAGCUGGAUUACUCUGGCAUUGCUCUUCUGAUUAUGGGAAGCUUCGUCCCUUGGCUUUAUUACUCUUUCUACUGUAACCCGCAGCCGUGCUUCAUCUACUUGAUUGUCAUCUGUGUGCUGGGCAUCGCAGCCAUCAUCGUCUCCCAGUGGGACAUGUUCGCUACCCCGCAGUACCGGGGGGUGAGAGCAGGAGUGUUCUUGGGCCUUGGCCUGAGUGGCGUCAUUCCCACCUUGCAUUAUGUCAUCUCGGAGGGCUUCCUGAAGGCCGCCACCAUAGGGCAGAUCGGCUGGUUGAUGCUGAUGGCCAGCCUGUAUAUCACGGGAGCAGCCCUGUACGCUGCCCGCAUCCCCGAGCGCUUCUUUCCCGGCAAGUGUGACAUCUGGUUCCACUCCCAUCAGCUCUUCCACAUCUUCGUGGUGGCCGGCGCUUUCGUUCACUUCCACGGUGUCUCGAACCUCCAGGAGUUCCGCUUCAUGAUCGGCGGAGGCUGCAGUGAAGAAGAUGCACUGUGAUACCUGCCGGUGCCCGGGGACUGUGACCCUUAACCAGGGCCUGCGGUGCCUGCAGGCCCCCUCACUGGCCGGUGACGCCAGUACCGGAGGAGCCCCAAACCCUGGCAGCCUCGUGGGCUUUGUGAUGCCCCAGGGCUCCAGGUGGUCUGCGACUGGGAAGAGAAAACAAAAAUAAAUCCCACCUCAGAGGUGGAGAAGAGGAGAGACGACCCAAACCCUGCCUUGUUCUUGGGUCUGCUGAGUGAGGGCACUGUGAGACCCGGGCAAGCUGGCUUCUGAUCCGUGUCCUGCUUCUUCGUAGAUGUUGGGACAGUUUAGCUGGAGGCUCAUUCUUCUCCCUCCUCUCUCCUGAAAACAGUAACGCAAACCAGUUUCGGUGAACAUUUAUAUCCUAUAAGGGGGGGGGGGUGUGCUUUUGGGAGAACAAAGAAAUUAAUGUAAAUAAGAUUUCUAACUUACUGUUUAAAUAAAAAUUUAUAUAAAUGUUUAAAACACAGGGGUAGGGGAGGGAGGGACGAUUUUUGUAUAGAAUGAAACAUGCAAGUACCACACACUGUUUCAAUUUUGCACAAGCGACGGCAGGAUGAUCAGGUGACAGCCCCAGAAUGUAUAAUGCCUUGUGCACCAGGGUGCCUUCUGAAGGCUGGCAUACCUUGGGCCCUGGUGGGGCAGAGCCUACGGCCCAGCCCGGCAGUCGCAUGGCCGCUCUCGCUCCUGAGAGCCCCGAGGUGGACGGGAGCAGCGUGCGUUUUCUCAGUGGAAACAGCGCGUGAAAGGCUAACGGGAUGUGUUAGAUCAAGGCUCUAGUGACUGUGUCAUUAGAGAGAGCCACCUACUUGGGAAGGUCACUUAGGCUGGCAGAGGGGCGGUGGGGGGGGGCACUGUUGGCACAGGGGCCCAUCGCAGCCCUUCCUGGCGUCCUCUUCAACUUGGUGGCGACUCGGCUGGCUGCCAGGGGUGGGGCGGGGGUGAGAGUGUUCCGUGUCCUUGCUGUGGAGCUCUGGACCACCCUGUACGUUUUCCUCCAUGAAACUACCCUUCCUCCCCCCGGGAAUAAAAAUCGACCUUUCCUGGCAUCAUAGUUCCUGGCAUGGAGCCAGCCACAGAGGGAUUCCAGGUGCCCCUGACACAUUUACGUGGGUGAGAGAGCGUUUGCCUGUGGUGCUGUCCUGGUGACCCUGGGUGGCAGGUGCAUCACCUCUCCACAAACAGGAAAGCCAGCGGCAUGCCCCUAAAGCAGAGCCCACUGCCCCGCCAGUGCCUGAGUGGCCAGCACCCCAGGACCCCACUUUUCAGGGCUAGUGUGGUGGCAAGUCUUACAAGGAAAUGCUAUGUUAUUGCCAUGGGGUCUGGCCAGAUCCUGGAAGCUGUUAAGUCUUUGAAGAGCUGCUCGAAGUGAAAAAGGCUGCUCAUGUCCCAGAGGUGCCCUGUUAGGGUGUCAAAAGGCGGUAGGGGAGGGUCUGGCUCACGGAAUCCUGACCUGGGCUCAUGGGAGGGCCAUCAGAAUAACCCUUGAGUCCAGUUUCUUACUCUCCGCCAGGAUUUCAGGCGGUUAAACUACAUCCUCGGGGUGGCGGGGACUAGCAGUGAACGUCGAGUCCCCGAGCGUGGGGGUCGGCAGCCUCCAGGGGGUGUUUGGGGGAAUGGGAAGGGUCUCCUAUUUAUUCAGUAUGGGGUUUUUCCUUGGUUAUACUUUCUCGCCCCUUCCAAUCUCCAGCAAAAGCUGGGAGCCAGGAAGAAAGAAUCCAUUGAAGAACUUGCGAAGAACUUACGAGAGUUUUGAUUCUGAGUGAGGUCACUGCCCUGGGUGCCGGGUGGGCUCAGCGAAAGACUCAGUGGGUGAGCUGGUGCCGUGCCGGCAGAAGGAUGAGCGGUGUCACUCCCAUGGGGAAGCCCAGCCCAGCAGGACGGGCCCACCUGGGAGGAAGCACACUUCGCUUCAUGAAGCAGCAGCACAUAUCAGAAGCCACACUUGCUCUUCGGUCACGCACCUCGGGGGACAGGGCGUGUGUCUGCACAGCCCUGUGACGCCACCAACAGAAGCGGCAGUCCAGGGCCCGGUCGCCCCACACUGCAAAGGAGGAGCGGAAUCUGGCUCAACAUAGCACAAACCCUUAGGAAAAUGAAGCUAACACCACUCAAGACGUCCUCCAGUAGCAGCCGCUGCUCGCUCUGGGGAGCGUGGCGGCGUGUACGCCCAUCCACGGGUGUGUCUGCAGCUCCUACCCCGCCGUUCACGCACGUCUCAGCUCGCUGAGAACUCUCACAGGUUGGUGCCUGGAUGCCUUACUCUCAGCAGGCAGAGGCUUGCUUGCUCUGUGCAGAUUUUAAUUUUCUUUUUGGGUCCUAGGCUGGUUAGGACCGCUAACAGCUUCAUCCUUUCACCAUUAAAUAGUGGCCUUUUCGGUAUUUUCCCCCUUACCGUUUAUAAGUUGCUGAAGCCACAAAGCACAAUUUUGGGGAUCGUAGAGGGUUGGGAUUCCAGAAAGGCAUUUAUGUGAUGGUUCCAUUCACCAUGGGAUUUCCCUACUUGCUGUAUUGCUCACCUUCUAAUAAAAAGAACCAAAUGGAAUAUGAACUUUGUUGUUGUUGUUUUUACUGCCUCAACUUUCCUUUCCGUAGCUUUUGGUACUUCUUACUUGAAGCCUGAACUUAGUCACUGAAGCUUAAGUUUUUGGAAAUGUCCCAGUCUGAGUGCUGAAGACCAUUCUGAAAAAGCUCUCCGUGGACUAACUUUUCAACAAGUUAAGAUCUUGUGGAAUUAUUAAUAGAAUUCUUUGGCCACUAGGGUAGGUUCUAUACUGAAUAGAGUAUCUGAGGACAUUUAGGGGGUGUGUGUACUCAGUUGGGCUACCAGUUG